AAUCCAGUCAAUCAUUCCGGGAGUCGUAUUUUGGAGUGCACCCGCGCCUAUUUUUAAUCUAAAAAGUAACGUUAUGUUUCCACGGCUGUAGUCUAAACAUAGCGAACAAUUCUACAACUACAACAACUUUUUACUCGGUUUAUUUCGAGCUGUAAAAAUUAAACAUGCCUGUCAAAAGAGCACUUCGUAUGGAAAACGCUGAGACGCACACACCUGUCAAAAAGCCAGCAACAGAGAGAAACUUCAGUCCUAUUACGGGAACGGCGAGACUUCAACUUCAAGCAGGCAAUGUCAAAGCCGGUUCCUGUAAACCACAAGUGCCCCAGACCGAUGUAGAGAAUUUGAAGAGCCUAGCAUCUAAGAUGGAGGCCUCCGUACCAGCAUUCAUCAAGGCCAGACGAAAGCUGGAGGAAAUAGUGCCAGCAGAGGGCAGCAGUGAGCUGAAGACCUUCUUCUCCAAGGGAUCAGCCGACCUGAAGACUGAACUGACCAGAUUCAAACAGCUUGCAUCUAAAGCAGACUCCUGUUUGAGGCUGAGCGGGGCUCAACAGAACUCCAGUCAAGCUGUCGAGGCUGGGAGCUCCUUUGAGUUCCUCAGAUCCAUAAUGGCGUGAGGUUCCCCCCAGUACACGGCACGGCUGUUGACGGCUAACGGAAUAGCUUUUACCUCCUCCUGGAGACAGAGAUGGAUCUGGAAGGCGUGCUGUCAGCGGUGAGGCAGAGAGGUGCCUGGAGCUGUCACUCAUCUGGGAAUGUGUCAAAAAGAGAGAGGGAGGGGUAGAGAGAGAACGAGGGAGAGAGAGUUUCAGACCAGUCACACUGAUCCCUGUCUUCCUGAGAAGUCUCUACCUCACCACUGACAAAUGUUGAUUCUAUGAUAACAGCUAUGCUGCACCGCUGCGAAAAUAAUGUUCUUUUCAGAAGCCCCCCCAACACACACUCACAUGUCCCAUUAGACCUGAUACAAUAUAAACUCCCUUAUUCCUUCAGUUCAAAACCCAAAGCCAACUGAAACCUGUUGAUAGGAGGCUCUCUCUCGCGCUGGUCUCUUUAUUUGGCAGUGCCUGAGAAAGCAGAGGCAUCUUACUGCCCCAGCGACCCAAGCAACAGCUGGUGUGCAGUCAAACAUUUCCUAUUUCUGCCCAAGGUGGAUCCUAUAACUCUCACUUUAUCACCUUUGUAGGCCGUGUGAAGGACAGAGUGAGCAUGCCCACAAACUAAACUAAUGUUUUCAUACUGGCCCCUCUGGAGGAGAGAGAUGGGUCUGUCCUGUACCCCCCCCCCCCCCCCCUUCUCUCUCUCACACACACACACCCCUCUUCACCCCCCCUCCACAGCCCACCUCAUGGUUGUUGACCUGGGACCAGCUCAGGUCCUCCUCCUUCACCAGAGCAGCUGCAGGUGUCUAGCGGGAGACCAUCGAUCCGGCAGAUUCACCUGCAUCGCUGGCGCUAGAAACUUCCUCAAGCUUUAUAGAAACGACAACCAAGAAAAUAGGGGGCUGACAGCAACAAAAACGCAUCACACCGCACUCCUGAAAUAUUCAAAUCAGGGCUGCGUUAUUACACAUCACAUCAUAUAUAUGGAUAGAGGACAUGUAAUUGAUUGCCACAGGCGUUGUCUUGUCUAUAAUUGGCUCUGAGCUGUAGCCCUGCAGGUACAUUGGCAGCUCCCUUUGACCGGAUAACAUUUAUAGAUGUAAUGGAUUUUUUUUAAUGCCCGUCAUUAACUUACAGGGAAAGAGAGGGUGGAUGGGUGAAGAGAUUGCUUGCGCCUUUUUUUCCUGUGGUAUUUCAACUUUAUGGCAUUAUGUUCUGAUGUGUUGCCGUCCAUCAUCUGUUAUAGGGGCUUCUGUCACAUAUUUACUUUUAAAUGCAUUGCUUUCCUUUACUGCCCCCUUGCUGUUUGGAUGACCGUUUUAUGAUGUUAAAUAAAAAGUAGAAAAUGUAGUUUGUG